AUCUGAAUCUUAACAUAGAAUGCCAGAUCUUCUUUUUGUUCAUAGUCCUUUGCUUUCUUUUUUUCCAAAACUGUUCAAAGUAUGAGUUGUAUGUCAAAAGAAAUAAUAUUUUUAAGUGGCAGAAACCUAUGAGGAAAUCCUCCUAGAAGAAAAAGAAGAAGGAGUUCCAGAUAUCAUUUCUGGGAAAGAAAAGAUUCUGUCUUUCAAAGUGUCCAAGGUAUCCAGAAAAGGGAUGGCAGAAGAGAAGAUACCUGUUGCAAAAGUUGAAAAACCAGAGACGGUUUCUCUAUAUAAAAAAGGAGAAUCCACUGCUGAAAUUAAAACAAUACAACCUCAAAUAUCAGAAGAGAAAAAAAUUGUUGCUAAAACUCCCAAACCAGAAUCCAUCAUUAAAUCUAAACCAGUAGAGCCUCAGGUACCAGAACAGAAGAAAACUGUCUUUAAAACUAGAAAACAAGAAUUCACUGAAUUGCUAGAAGUAGUAGAGAAAGUGCCAGAGAAGAAGGCAGCCACUACUAAGCCUAGAAAACCCCAAAUUGUAGAACUCGAAGAAGAAAUAACUGAACCUCAGCUGCCCCAAAGGAAAAUAGCAGUUACUAAAUCUAAAAAAGCUGAGCCCCUUACGGAGCAGAAAAUGGUGGACUCGCAGGUGCCUCAACAGAAGAUAACUCCCACAGAACCUAGGAAAAAAGAGCAUGCUGGGGUUCCUGAAAUACUCAAGGUUGAAGUGGAAGAACUGAGGGAAAGAAUUGCUAAACCUUCCAAACCAGAACUUAUAGUGACACCUGAAACCACAGAACUUGUACCAAGAAAAACAGUAGUCAUUACUAAACCUAAAAAAUCAGAGAUUAUUGCAGUAGAUAAAACUGUGGAAUCUAAACAGAAGAUUGUAGUUGCCAAACGAAAAAUAGCAGAACCUGCAGUAGUGCCAGAAGCAAUAGAGUUCAAGACAGAAGAGGAAGAGGAGGAAGAAAAAGAAAUUACUAUUGCUAAACCCCCCAAACCAGAACAUGAUGUGAUACCAAAAACCACAGAACACAUACAAGGAAAAAAGGUAGUAAUUACAAAACCUAAAAAACCAGAGACUAUUGCAAUAGAUAAAACCAUGGAAUCUAAAAAGAAAAUUGUGGUUCCCAGACGAAAAAAACCAGAACAUGCAGUGGUGCCGGAAGCAAUAGAUUUCCAGAAAAAAGAGGAGGAGGAGGAGGAGGAGGAGGAAGAAGAAGAAAUUACAAUUGCUAAAGCCCCCAAACCAGAAACUGUGGUGAUACCUGAAAUCACAGAACACAUACCAGAAAAAACAUUAGUAAUUACUAAAGCUAAAAAAACAGAGACUAUUCCAGUAGAUAAAAUUGUGGAAUCUAAACAGAAGAUUAAGAUUGCCAAACCAAGAAAACUAGAAUCUGCAAUGGUGCCAGAAGCAAUAGAGUUCAAAAAGGAAGAGGAGAAAGAGGAGGAGGAGGAGGAAGAAGAAGAAGAAAAACAAAUUACUAUUGCUAAACCCCCAAACCAGAACUUAUGCCGACACCGAAAACCACAGAACACAUACAAGGAAAAAAGGUAGUAAUUACAAAACCUAAAAAACCAGAGACUAUUGCAAUAGAUAAAACCAUGGAAUCUAAAAAGAAAAUUGUGGUUCCUAGACGAAAAAAAACAGAACAUGCAGUGGUGCCGGAAGCAAUAGAUUUCCAGAAAGAAGAGGAG